AUGCCUGCCUGGGACGUUCUCCUCAAUACAAGGAACACAAGUCGUCAGACGGAUGCCUUUGUCGCCAUGAUCCUGUUGCUGGCGGCGGCGGCAGCAUCCAUGAGCGGCCUCAACUCCUCAUCCGUGGACUACGUGGACGCAUCCACAUCCUCGUCGCAGUCGUCCUCGUGGGGCCUUUCGGAGGAGCCGUCCAACUCUUCCUGGGAGCCGGCGGUGAGAUUGACCCCCGAGCUUCAGCCGGAUGCGCCGGAGGUGAGCCCGUGGGAUGUGGCGCUGUGUGUGACGGGGACGCUCAUUUCCUGCGAGAAUGCGUUGGUCAUCGCAGUUCUUUUCUACACACCGACGCUGAGGGCUCCCAUGUUCGUACUGAUUGGCUCACUGGCGGCGGCGGACCUGCUGGCCGGCCUAGGCCUCGUCUUGAACUUCGUCUUCACGUACCUGGCGGCCGGCUCGCCGGAGCCCGUGAGCCUCCUGUCGGCCGGAAUGCUGGUCUCGGCCUUCUCGGCAUCAAUCCUCAACAUCCUGGCCAUCACGGUGGACCGGUAUCUGUCGCUCUACAACGCACUGACCUACCAUACCGAGCGGACGCUAAUGUUCACCUAUGUGAUGGUGCUCUUCAUCUGGCUGUCGUGCGUGACACUGGGCCUGCUGCCGGCGCUGGGCUGGAACUGUCUGCAAGACGAGUCGGCGUGCAGCAUCUGUAGACCGGUCACUAAAAGCAACGCAGUGGCACUCGCUGUCGCCUUUCUACUGGUCUUCGCCCUCAUGAUGCAGCUCUACCUGCAGAUCUGCAAGAUCGCCUUCCGCCACGCGCAGCAGAUCGCCGUGCAACACCAGUUCAUGGCCAUCUCCACCACUAAGGGCGUCUCCACGCUGUCGGCCAUCCUGUGUGCCUUUGGGGCGUGCUGGUUGCCGUUCGCCAUGUACUCCAUCGUGGCGGACUCCAGCUAUCCGGGAGUCUACACUUACGCGACAGUGCUGCCCGCCACCUGCAGCUCUGUCAUCAACCCCGUCAUUUACGCAUUCCGAAAUCCAGACAUCCAGAAAUCGCUGUGGAUAGCCUGCUGUGGCUGCGUGCCAACCAACCUCUCGCUCAGACCGCGGGCCUCCAGUGACGUGUAG